AAGUUGAAAAGUCUUGAUACUUGCAAGAAAUCUAGCCGUUAUAAGAAGAGCCUCUUCUUUCUUUCAUGUGACUGAACAAUUUUUGGUACUCUUUUCCGCCAAAGUUUUUUCUUUUAUUUAUUCUUUUUUCAGUGUGCGUGUGGGGGAUCUUUUAAAAUAAUUUUUUGUCACUUUUGAUCAAUCAGGAAGUAAUCAAGGAAUAUUUCCCUAAAAUCUUUCAUGGGUAACGUCAAUUCUUCUUCCUAUCUCCUUAAAAUCCAUUACUCUUCUUGAAUUUUUUCCAUUUUUGUUCUUCCCAUCGUGACUUCUCUUCCUUUUCAUCGGCCUUUCUCUUCCUCUUUUUGCUCUGUUUUCGGGAUAAUCUUUCUGGGUUCCUUUCACUUUUUCCUUUUUUGAUUUUUUUUUGAAUAAACAUCUGAGGAAACCAAUCGAUACCCAUAAGAUCUUUGGUUUUGAUUUUGUUUAAACCAAAGAAACUGCUGUUGUUUCUCUGUUUUUUUUUUUUUUUAUUAUUGUUUUCUGGGUUUCUGUUCUCCUGUUUCUUUGUUUUUCUUCUCCUCUACUGAGUUACAGAUAUAUCUGUAACUUUUUAUUGUUCGUUUCCUGAUUUUUCUUCAAUAUUUGUUUCUGGUUAUUUAUUCCAUAUAUAUACACACAUACACACAUAUAUUCAUGUAUUGGAUCCAUAGAAAAAUUAUGUAUUAGAGUAUUUUUUUUCCUCUCUCUUUCACGAACUUAAUUUUCGCGGUACUGGCAAAGAAUUGCAUGAUUCUCGCUGAUUUCUCGUAACCCACCGCCAAAAGCCGUUUAUUUUUUUUUUUCUCUUUUUCUGGUUUAAUCAUUGAGAAUCAACAAAACUGAAAAUCCACGACUCUCCACCACGUCUUUCUUUUAUAUACUACUCAUUUUACCUUUCCGGGAAAAUCUUUCCUGCGAAACAAAGGGGAAAAUAUGAAAACGACAAGGGGCAUUUCAUGUUUCUUCAACUGGGUCUGGUUGGUGGCUCUUCUGGGUUACUCUUGUUGCCUUGUUGAUUGCCUAAACCUCGGUGUGAACUGGGGCACAAUGGCGACGCACAAACUGCCGCCGUCUACUGUGGUGCAGAUGUUGAAGGACAAUGGGAUAAAAAAGGUGAAGCUUUUUGAUGCUGAUGAAAGCACCAUGAGCGCUCUUGCUGGUUCGGAUAUUGAGGUCAUGGUCGCUAUCCCCAAUGAUCAGCUCAAGGUGAUGAACAACUUUAACCGAGCCAAGGAGUGGGUCCGCAGAAAUGUCACUCGCUACAACUUCAAUGGUGGAGUUCUUAUUAAAUAUGUAGCAGUUGGGAACGAGCCUUUCCUAACAUCUUACAACGGAACAUUUCUAAAUGUCACCUUUCCAGCACUUCAGAACAUUCAAAAUGCCCUUAAUGAAGCUGAUCUUGGAGACUCCAUAAAGGCUACCGUGCCCCUGAAUGCUGAUGUCUACAACUCGCCACCUGACCGCCCUUUUCCAUCAGCAGGGAGGUUCCGGGCUGAUAUCAAUGACUUAAUGACGCAGAUUGUUGAGUUUUUGGCUAAAAACAAAGCACCCUUUACCAUAAACAUCUAUCCCUUUCUAAGUCUUUAUGGAAAUGAUAAUUUUCCCUUUGACUAUGCAUUCUUCGAUGGAGCUACCCCCAUUGUGGACAAUGGGAUCGAGUACAUGAAUGUUUUUGAUGCCAACUUUGAUACAUUGGUUUCGUCUUUGAAAGCAGUUGGUCAUGGAGACAUUCAAAUUAGUGGGGAAGUAGGUUGGCCAACAGACGGUGACAAGAAUGCUAACUCAGGAUUAGCAUUAAGAUUCUACAAUGGGCUUAUGCCGAGACUAGCAGUUGGAAAAGGCACCCCUCUUCGACCUGGAGAGAUUCUAGUCUACUUGUUUGGACUUAUUGAUGAAGAUGCCAAGAGUAUUGCUCCUGGAAACUUUGAGCGACAUUGGGGUAUUUUUAAGUACGAUGGGCAACCUAAAUUCCCGAUGGAUCUCUCCGGUCAGGGUCAAAAUAAGUUUCUAAUUGGUGCACAGAAUGUGAAAUAUCUUCCUCAGAAAUGGUGUAUGUUCAACCCAAAUGCCGGUGAUACAAGCGAACUUCCAGAUAACAUAAACUUCGCUUGCACCUUUUCCGAUUGCACAGCACUCGGAUAUGGUUCUUCCUGCAACAAUUUGGAUGCAAACGGGAAUGCUUCAUAUGCAUUCAACAUGUACUUCCAGGUACAAAAUCAAGACGAAAGGGCCUGCAAUUUUCAAGGUUUGGCCACUAUUACUACACAGAAUAUUUCACAAGGAACCUGCAGUUUCCCAAUUCAGAUAGAUUAUUCAUCAUCUUCUUCUAUAUUUCCCUCACUCCUCAUCAGCUUAUUAUCUUUAACUCUAUUGCCAUUCUUUCCACUAUAGAUUAGAUUGCUUCAGAUUUGAGAUUCUUUGUGAUUUUUUUGGGCCGUUGUACGUUGUACGUCACAUAUGUAUUUGUUUUCUGAUUGGCUCAGUUAGAUCGCUCAGGAUUUAUAUAUUGUUCUUGAAAUGAUCUUUGUUCUGCAACUUUCAUUAAUCUCACUGCAGAUUGUAUUUAAUUAUACCGUAGAUCUUAUAAUUAUGUACUUACUGAUAAGUUUGUGUGUAAAAGGGUAGUGACCACGACGAGCAUGUUUUCUGUCAAAACGGCGUCGUUCG